CGGGGCGGGGCGCGGCGGCAGGAAGCGGGGCGGGGACUCGCGGAGGCGUUGGGGAGCGAGGGAGGGCGCGGCCAACUCCCGGAGGGGCGACAGGCCGAGAGAGCGGCGCCCCGGCCUGGCGCCGAGCCUGAGCCCGCCGGACGGGAGGCGGCCCAGCCGCGGGCUCGGCCUCGGCCCCAGCCCCGCCAGCAUGGCCGGCCGGACCGUGCGGGCCGAGACCCGGAGCCGGGCCAAGGAUGACAUCAAGAAGGUGAUGGCGACCAUCGAGAAGGUCCGGAGAUGGGAGAAGCGCUGGGUGACUGUGGGUGACACUUCCCUGCGUAUCUUCAAGUGGGUGCCAGUGGUGGACCCCCAGGAAGAGGAGCGUCGGAGGGCAGGUGGCGGCGCAGAGCGAUCCCGAGGCCGCGAGCGGAGGGGCAGGGGCGCCAGUCCCCGAGGGGGGGGCCCUCUCAUCCUGCUCGAUCUCAACGAUGAGAACAGUAACCAGAGCUUCCAUUCAGAAGGCUCCCUGCAAAAGGGCACGGAGCCCAGCCCUGGGGGCACCCCCCAGCCCAGCCGCCCUGUGUCACCUGCUGGACCACCGGAAGGGGUCCCUGAGGAUGCUCAGCCCCCACAGCUGGGCCAGGAGAGAGAUCCUGGGGGCAUACCUGCAGGCGGCACGGAUGAACCCCCGAUGCUGACCAAGGAGGAGCCUGUUCCAGAAUUGCUGGAGGCUGAGGAUUCGGGAGUGAGGAUGACCAGGAGAGCCCUCCACGAAAAAGGCCUGAAAACAGAGCCCCUCAGGCGGCUUCUUCCCAGGAGGGGCCUCCGGACAAACAACCGGCCCAGUUCCGCGGUGCCUCCGCCGGACCCCAGAGCUCCUGGGGGAGGAAGCAAGGCCCCGAGGGCACCCAGGACGAUCCCCCAGGGGAAGGGGAGGUGAGCCGGCUCCCCAGGCAAGGCAAGGCCCUUAGGCUUGCCCUGGCCGCCCCAAGAUCCAGCCACCCACCCGUGCCCUCCAAGGUGCAAAGAGCUUCCCAGCUUCCCAUUCACUGCGGGAACAUCAGGGGCGAGCGGCCCCGCGGCCCCAGCCUGCCCCGAACCUAAGUCACAGCACCCACAGCACACCCACCUGGCUCGCCACCGACACUCGCCCAGAGGAAGGGCUGCGGGCACCACGGAACCACUUCGAGCUCCUGAGGACGCAUCGCAGCCAGAGGCCCCAGAGCGCGAGGUGGGCGCCCGGCCUCCAGACCGGGAGGGGCAGCACGGGACACGCCCGGCCCCCCGCUCGCCUCCCACUGAGGCCUGGCCCGGGGAGGUCAGGCCCGUGCAGAGACCCUGCGUCUCACGCCCACCCCACCCCGCCCCACCCCCUCCCUCCUCACUAAUGCCUCCCCCAAGGUCCGCGGAUGCCAGGCUUGCGGGUGGGUUCCGUUGAUGGGCCAAGGACCUGCACAGCAAGAGCUCCCAGUGGGUGCCAGGACCCUAGAAGCCCGUGGGGGCGGGAGGCCUUUCCGCACAGAAGCCCACCUAGCCACCCCGGCCCGCGUGGGGACGGGGAAGGCGACCUGGGCUGGCGGGGAGCGCCCCAGGCUUCUGGCACAGCCUGGAGCCAGCCCCAGCCCACCUGGAGAAGGCCCAGGGCGAUUGAGCCCUUGGAACAGAUGCAAGGGCCCGUCACCAAGCUCUUCCUUGCCAGCUCCACUGCUGGGCCCGGCGUGGUAGGAAAUAAUCAAGUCUCCCCUUUGUCCAGGGCUUGCUCUGUACCAAGCUUUGUGAUUUAUGGGAAUUAUCUCAGUCAGUCCUCACCUCCCUGUGCCAUUGGUGUUCUCAUUAGUGGCGUUUUACAGAAGGAGAAACAGCCUCAGAGAGGUUAAGGGACUAGUCCAAAGUCACACAGCCAGUAUGUUGCAGAACCAGCAUUCAGACCCAAGUCUGCCUGCCUGACUCCACAGCCCGCCCAAAGGCACUGCUUCUCCUGCUGGUGUAUGAAUGAAGGGUGUUGAUUUGACAGGGCAUCUGUGUACGGAAGCGUCCGAUGUUCCUCGUGGUAAUUACAUAGGACAAUUUUUAUACUAAAGUGAGCAGAUACGCCCUGGAAUGAAAGUAAACAUAUGCACCAACGAGUAAGAUGCAACUUGAGACAUUGUUGAAAUUCCACGCCAAGGCCAAGACUUCGGGCUCAGCCCCUGGCUCCGGGAAGUGACCUCUUCUCAGCCCGCUCCGCUGCCUUUAGAGGGACACUGGCCAUGGACCACUGCCUGUGUGGAGCCUUCCAGAGGCCAAGGAAGAUGGCUGCUCUCCAGUUCACCAUCUCACUAAGCUGUUUAGGAAGUUCAUGCAGUUUCUCGGAGUUAAGGUUCCCCGAGUCCCAACGGAUAUCAAUCUAGGAUUGGGGAUUGGAAAACUGAAAUUCUUGGGAAUUCCUGAUAUCAUGUUAUUUUGUAUUUUUCAUAACAUUCUUUUUCUUUUUUUUUUGGUCUUUUUAGGGCUGUACCUGUGGCAUAUGAAAGUUCCCAGGCUAGGGGUUGAAUCAGAGCUGCAGCUGCUGGCGUGCGCCACAGACACUGCAACCCCAGAUCUUUAACCCCUGAGUGGGGCCAGGGAUCGAACCCAUAUCCUCAUGGAUACUAGUUGGGUUCGUUACCACUGAGCCAUUACAGGAACUCCUAAAUUUGUUUUUUAAAUAAAUAAGAAAUACACAUUAGGUAGUAGUUACAAAGAACUGUAGGCUAUAGCAAAUAUUCAAAAACAGGAAAAUACCAGAGAACAUUACUGGGUAGGUUUCGGAUAACAAAAAGUUUAAACUUUUGACAAGAUCAACUGCACUACACAGAAUCAAGUGUUGAAAUUGCUAAUUAUUUAAGGACUUGUUUCAAAACAUUUUCUUUCUGAACAUCAUGCGUAGGAUUUGUAUAAGAUAUACAAUACAUGUAAACAGGUUAAUAUUUAUUUUGAUUUGUGAAAAUGACUCACUGUUAACAGCAGAUAGGGCCACAAAUACUUUUUUUAAUAUGGCAGCAGCUAAAAACAAAAAAAACAAAAAACUGAUUAGAUUGCAACAAAUUCUGUCCCAAGUUCCAGAAAUGUCUACCUUAACCUUGGACUCUACGUGUCAGUGUUUUCCUUCUCACGCUUUCUACUUGACGUCAGUGGAUUCCUUCAAACCAGGAACGCCUCGAUGUUUCUUGUUAAGCAUUAAUUCUCACAGAAGAACUAUGAUACUUUUUUCCUAUUCCUCCCAAUCUCUUGGCUGCCAGUCUCUUGGCUGACUCUUCUUGGGAUUCAAAAAAAUAGAAAUUUCCUGAAAACUGUCAGGAAGGACCUCUUGCGUAGACAUACUCUCCUAAGCUAACCAGGAUUGGCAUGGCGCCUCUGCAGCAAAAAUAAUGAUCUAGUGUUUUGUAAAGCCAGCCACAGACAAGCUUCACGCCAGGAGCCUCAGAAGAUCCAAUUUAUCCAGCCCUGCCAGUUCCUGGUUGUGAGACCUUGGGCAAGUCGCUUGACCUCUCUGAGCUUCAAUCGAAUGGACAGAAUGGAGCCUGGAAAAUAAUGCACUUGCUUUGCAAGGCCGUACUGAAGAAGGCUUUAAGGUGUGGCAUCGGAGUCAGACAGUCUGAGAUUGGAACCCAUUACUUACUACCUCUUUGAUCUGGGGUGUGGUCUAACCCCUCUGAGCCCCGCUUUCCUCUUCUGUAAUAUGGAAAAACAGAGUGAGCCCGUCUCAUAGGAUUUUGGUGAGUUUGAAUGAGGUCACUCAUGACGAUGCUUAACACAGAGCACCAUGUAUUGUGAAUGCCUGAUCCACAUGGACUGGUGUAGUUCUAUCUGCUGUAUCUACCUCACAGGGCAGUUGUGAGGAUGAGAGGGAGGUUCUCUUGUGGGGGUACUUUCGAAGCUGUGAAUCGGUCAUCCCCACACUUCCCUGUCCUCGAGAGAGGAGAAGGUCCGAAGCUCCUGGCAGACAGCAGUGGUUUCUCCCAACUAAGGAGCCUGAGAACCCCUGCCUGUAUCCACAGGAGGGAGCUGUGUUGAGGAGGCAACGUCACCGCGGUUGUCUGGAACACAGGGUUUCGUUGCAGUCCAGUAGGCAAACUCUGGCAUCCUUCGACUGGGGGCACGCUUGGGGGAAAGCCAAUUUUCAGGAGGCAGCUUUGGAGAAAGGACAGUAUUAACCAGAGCCUGCCCACUGCAGGUUUGUUUCAUAGGGAUGGAAUCCGAAGGGAGCCUGUAACAGAAGGAGGUGAGGGGGACUCUUUGUUGUCUGAAGCCCUGUUACUGGCCGAACGUAAGAAACAAUCCUAUUCGCUGGAACCAGGGCAUCCCGCUGUGCUGUGUAUGCACUUAUGAUGCACAUUCAUUCCUAGACUGUGAACUAAACACGCAUGGAAAGGCUCUCCAAAGACGAUCUGUGUAAUCCCGACAGCAGCCCAUAAAGGAAACACGCGCAUGACGCCUGCUCCGCAGCGGAGACUCCAAGGAGUCUGGGAAAGUUAAGUCCGCCGCCCACAGUUGCAGAGCCUGUGUGUACGUGGAGUCAGGAUUCAGAUGGAGUCCAAGCCCUUCGCCUCCGCCAGGCUGCCUCAACUCACCAGGUACCAGAUGCUGAGCUUGAACAAGGAAGAAGGAAACACAGGUGUAUGGGAUUUAGUGCCUAAGGUGGCCUCCUCUCUUGCCUUCUGUGACCGCUCCCUCCUGAUCCUCCGCCUCCUUUUCUGGACACUGUCUCUUUGCCUCCAGGGAUGUUUUCCUCUGCUUAGCCCUUAAGUCCAGGUCCUCUGGGCCCCCUCCUUGGACUCUUUUUCUUUUGUACAGGACUAUGAGAGAUCUUUAUGCCCAAGGCUUCGACCCCAGGGCGCCUCUCCUUCUAAUCCAGCCUGCCCUUCUGAGCACCAGCCUGAUCCAGCCAACUGCCUCCUGAUAGCCCCUCUUUGACGUUCCAGGCUCCCACCUGAAAUCCUCCUCUCCUCCUUAACCUGCCUCUCCUCCCGAGUUCCCCUUCCUCCUUCCCAUGGCCCCCUACAUUCAAAUACUGGUAUAGCGACGGGGAACCCCAGAAACCUUCAUAGACGAAGCCUCUUGAGUCAGUUCUUGGGGCUAGAGAUGGAUGGUGGGGUGUGUUCUCUGAGAGCUGCCCCUGGUGUGGGUGUGGACUUGGAGGGUGGAAUUUGUUGUUUAAUCAGUGGUCUGUGACGUGCCUGGCAGUGGGUCCGGUCUAGGAGCGAGGGGUGGAGGACACAUUGCUGAAUGAAACAGACCGGAUCCCUGGCUUCAGAGGGCUUUCAAGCCACUAGAGCAGAUGGACCUUAAGCAAUCUUCCCCAAAUACAAACUCUUAAAACCGUGACAAGUAUCACGAAGGAAGCGUUCAGGGUCCUGUGAAAGAACCAGGGAAACCUAUUGGGUUGGGAGCAUCAAAGGCCACUUUGAGAAAACGACAAUUACGUGAUACCUGAGAACCGAGUUGAGGGAAGAGAAUUCCAUGUAGAGGUCAUGGGUGCACUCACACAAAAGCCCAGAGGUGGCCGAGAAUUUGGUAUGUUGGGAAACCUGGAAGGCAGCUCGUGUCUAUGGAGCUGAGUGUGCUGGGGCCUGUGGUCAAGCCAAGCCUGGCCUGGCUGGCUGGGGACGGUGGCAGGUGCCUUGUGGGCCAUGGUAAGGAGGCUGGAUUUUUUGGUUUAGCUUUUUAUUUGGAAAUAAUUUCAAAGUUACAGAAAAGUACAAAGGGCAUCCGUAUGUCCUUUCGUCCAACCUCACCUCUUAAAGUUACUUCCUCUCUCUCUCUCUCCAUGUGACUUUUAUUCCAAAUUAUUUGAGAAUAAGUUGCAUACAUCCCGUUCCUUUACCCCAGUGCGGGUACAGUUCUCCACUUCACUAGAUGUAACAUCGGUGCACUCUGGUAUCGAAUUUACCAUCCAUUUUGCCAAUUGUCUCAAUGAUAUCCUUUACGGAGUAUCUGCC